AGCGUUGUCAUUCACAACUCUAACAAGGCAGUCACUCGCAACUCACGAUCGGGAAGGAUGGUUAGUAAGACGACAAGGAAUUCUACCUGGUAUAUUCUUCUCUACUUAACAAUUCAUCGUCUGGACUUCUCGUCGGCAUUCCAGUCUAUCUCUACUAUCAGUAGGAAGGUAUAUAAUACUGCGAAGAAAUACCCGGGCCACCAUGAAUCAUGGUCAGCAGUAGGUGUUGCAAACGCAGGAGAGGCCGAUGGUGAUAUCAUCGACGUCGAAGUAAAAGAGGAGGAAGUGAUAGAACCUCCGAAACCAGAAAUCAAGACCCAGUUUUGCAUUACUGGCAUUUCUCCUCCACUCGAAACUGCCUUAAACGAGGCUGUUAGCAAACUCACCAACGUGACUCUGAAAGAGGCCAACGAGCUGGUUGAAAUCGGAGCUGUCUGGGCCAAAAUCGAUGUCAUGACUGAAGAUGAUGUUCUGGCACAAUACGAUUCUUCCGGUGAAGAGUUGUACGCGGAUCUUCCGCAAGGUUGGGGCAAUGGUGACUCGGAUGCAGGAACGGGUACAGAGGAGGAAAAACUUGAGGAAUACAUUGCCAAAAUGGAAUCCCAACGAUUCCGUAGAAUACUUUCACCAAGAAAGUUGCAGCCGGGAACUGAUCUCAGAAUAUACCCGAACCCCAGAAGAUUCCCAGCAUGCUAUAGCAUUGACGGUAAGAGUCUUCUCUACCAAGACACGACAUUCAUUGUKGUUGACAAACCACCUAUGUUGCCGACCCAGCCAGAUGCUAGCAACUAUCACGAAAACUGCCCAGGUUGUGCACAAGAUAUUCUUGGGCCGUUUGAAGAUAUUCAAGGAAACACCAUUCGACGCCCCCUUUUAUGUCACAGAGUUGACUCGGUUGUAGGAGGUUGCGUGGUGAUGUCAAAGGAUAGGAACGGACAACGCGUAUUUCAAGAGCUGCAGCGACAGCGCAAGCUGAAGAAAGUGUACCUAGCGGUAACCACGAAACCAGUCCCCCUUGGCAUGCAUCUGCACUGGAUGUGGUCCCCUCAAACACAAAGAGGCAAAGCCGGUGGACCUCCGUGCCAAUUGGUAAGCCACAUUGCUCCCGAGUCGAGGCGAAAAGCUAGACAAUUUUGGACUCGAUGCAUACUUGAGGUCACAAAGAGCGAGCCUAUUACCGUGAACGCAGACGAUUAUGAUCCCGGAGACAAACAGCAUUACCAAAACACAAUACGUUUGGUGACGGGGAGGAAACAUCAGGUUAGAGCACAACUGAGUAGUUUGGGUUGUCCCAUCAUUCGCGACACACUGUACAGUCCUAUGUCGGGCAUUACCUUGGGAGACCUGGAAGUGGGUGACGAGGAGGCGCUCGAGAAUGCAAUUGCCCAAUGCCGCGUACCGGAGGAACCAAUUGGCCUCCAGGCCCACGCUAUAUUAUUUGGGGGUAUCAAAGCCCGAGCCCGCGAACCCUGGUGGGCGGGCAAAAGCCGAAAAACAUUGUAAAACACAUAAAGAACAGAUUACCUA